UGAUCAGUUAAUAUCACUCAGAUACGACGAUCUGAAAAUAAACUACAACCAUGUACAAACUGGCUAUCAUUGCCGCUAUUCUGGGGCUAACCGCCGCCAAACCCGAUUACGUGGCAUAUUCAUCACCCGCUGUAGUUAGCGCACCGGCCGCCGUUGCUGCAGCUGUACCUGCUGCUGUGCCAGUCGCACCGACAGUGCGUGUUGCCGCCCCAGUCGUCCCCGUAGCCGCUCCAGCCGUUUCCGUUGCCGCCCCAGCUGUAUCAGUUGCCGCCCCAGCCGUUUCUGUUGCGGCUCCGGCUGUUCCUGUUGCGGCUCCAGCUGUUCCUGUCGCACCCGCAGUACGCGUUGCCACCCCAGCAGUAACUUACAGUGCCCCUAUCGCACCCGUUGCCUAUUCUGCUGCCGCUCCUGUUGCGUAUGGUUAUGAUGCUUACCCAUAUUACUGGAAGAGACAAAGAGUCCGGUUUGUCCGUGUUCCUAUAAAAAUCAACGACUAUGAGGAAUCUAACAUCAUUCAGUUCGACGGUCUGAAAGCAUACAACAACCAUUUAUUCGUUGCUGCCAUUCUGGGUAUUGCCGCCGCCAAGCCUGGCAUCUUGGCGCCCGUGGCAUACACUUCAUCUGUGGCAUAUUCUGCCCCAGCGGUAUCUGUCGCUGCCCCAGCAGUACCAGUAGCAGCGCCAGCUGUCCCCAUCGCCACACCAGCAGUGCGAGUCGCCACUCCUGCAGUGUCGGUAGCCGCUCCAGCCAUUCCUGUUGCCGCUCCAGCAGUGCCCGUCGCUACUCCCGCUCUUCGUAUCGCCGCCCCAGCAGUCGCCACUCCAGCUGUUGCCGCUCCAGCUGUUGCUGCCUCAGCUAUCACUUACUCUGCCCCAGCAUACCAACCAUUGGCUUACUCAAACUACGCCGCACCGUACUCAUAUGCCUACGAUUAUGGAUAUGGCAUUGACGCUUACCCAUCUUACUACUGGAAGAAACGUUAAAUAUUAUUAUUAUUGAAUUCCGUAAACAGGCUACCAAAAUGUACAAAAAAUUAUAAUAAAUUACUACUUAAUACUAUUA